UCAGUGAUCAUUAAACAAGUCUUGUGGGGUUCCUCAUUUUGCAAGCUUUCUUUGGUUUCACACCAUUUUUCUAUUGACUUCAUCACAAUAUAAAAGAUCAUUAGUGUCGGUAUUAUCACCACCAUAUUCUUUUGGACUUCCUCUGCUAUUUCUAGGUUUCGUUUUAUUUGGCUUUGAUUUUCUUCUGCAACCUUAUCUACUGCAAAGCUUUGAUUACUGAGUCUAACUUACCCUGCCACAGUUUGCCUUGUUUACCUGGUAUUCUGGUCUCUCCAUGUGUUCUGUUCUAUUGCAAGGGAUAGAAGAUCUUAACUCUGUUUCAAUUUCCCUGUUUUUCUUCACAAGCAGAGCUCUGUUUUUAACUGGUCUUUGAUCAAGGAUGGCCAUAAAGGCAAUUGAGUUGUUGAAAGGAAGCGGAAACCAUGAAGAGAUAUUUGAAGUUCUUGCAGCAGUGGCUGCAUCUUUGGGGGAUGUAAUAGAUGAUGUGAACACUUUGCAGGUAACACCUUUAAAGGGGGCAAUGACCAAUGAGGUUUUUGAGGUAAAUUGGCCAACCAAAAGUGAUGGUCAUCAAAGAAGGGUUCUUGUUCGAUUAUAUGGUGAAGGUGUUGAGGUUUUCUUCAACAGGGUGGAUGAAAUCCAAACCUUUGAGUGCAUGUCAAAGCAUGGACAGGGUCCACGCCUUCUUGGGAGGUUCACCACUGGCAGAGUUGAGGAGUUCAUUCAUGCCAAAACACUCUCAGCUGCGGACCUCCGUGACCCUGAAAUAUCUGCUUUGAUAGCAUCUAAGAUGAGGGAGUUUCACAAUCUUCAUAUGCCUGGUGCAAAGAAGGCUCAGCUUUGGCAGAGAAUGAGGAAGUGGCUUAGUCAUGCCAAAAGUUUGUGCUCCCCUAAAGAAACCAAGAAUUUUGGCCUGGACAAUCUAGAUGCUGAAAUAAAUAUGCUUGUGGAGUUGUUAUCUCAAGGAAAUCAACAGAUUGGUUUUUGUCACAAUGAUCUACAAUAUGGUAACAUAAUGAUGGAUGAAGAUACAAGAGCAAUCACUUUAAUUGACUAUGAAUAUGCCAGUUACAAUCCUAUUGGAUAUGAUCUGGCAAAUCAUUUCUGUGAAAUGGUGGCAAAUUACCAUAGUGACGAACCUCAUGUUCUUGACUACAGUAAAUAUCCUGGUCUGGAGGAGCGUCAAAGGUUUGUUUAUAAUUAUUUGAGUUCUGAAGGUAAGAAACCAAGCAAUAGUGAAGUGGAUCAGCUAGUGAAUCUUGCAGAAAAAUACACUCUUGCAAACCAUCUAUUUUGGGGCUUGUGGGGACUUAUUUCGAGUCAUGUCAAUACAAUUGACUUUGACUACAAGGAGUAUGCGAGGCAGAGAUUUCAGCAAUACUGGUUGAAGAAGCCUACUUUAUUGGACUCACCAAGUAUCGUUUCCCAAGAUGGGAUUGCCAAUGGUGUGAACCAUUGACAUGGAUGCUUCUUAUGUAUUUAGCAUGUUCAGCUUGGUAUGUGUUGACUAAUAUAUAGAAAGGCAUGAUGUGAUGCAUAAAAUUUGUAAAUAAUAUAUAACUAAAAAUGUGUGAUUUGAGAAUUUUUACAACAGUUAUGUUAGUAAUCCCUCCUUUUGUGAUAAGUUGAGGAAUGGAAGUGAGAAUUCCUAGUUUGUUAAUGUCUUGUGAUUUGCAAUAGAUGGUUUAUUAUCCUGCAAAA